AUGGGCGGAGGUUUAGGAGAAUCAAGACCCUCCCCCGGGGGGCAGCUGGAUGACAGAUCUGCCUUGGACCACAACCAGGUCCUCUGGCUCCUAUCUGCUCAGGACACCCACCAGCCACAUCUAAGACGGGGGGUGAACACCAGGAUCUUAAGUGCCCAGGGGGAAGCCCGGAUAAAAGCCAACUUCAGAAAAUUGCUUCCAGUGACCUUGGAUUUCAUGACCUCUCCAAUCAGGAUACAGGGGCCUUUGGCGAGAAAUUCAGACUCGGAUUUUCAAAGCACAGAAGCCCGAUGGCUGCAGCACCUGCACCAGGAAAGGGCAAUCCGGCGCGAGGAGCCAGACCCCCGGGGAACCGCAGCGCCGACUCAGCCGUCUCCGAGCGAGAUCGAUCUCCAUCCGGCAGGGCCGUUUCCUUCGCCCGGCCCCGCGGCUCCGGGGCUGCGGCCGCGCGCGGCCAAUUAG